AUGAAACAAAAUAACAUCCCAGCAUUAGUUAGACAUCACAAAGAAAGGGCACAAAGCUCUUUUAUCAAAACUCCUAGAAAAAGAGAAACAUUAAAGCUAAUCAAUAAAUGACAACAAAUUCAUAACUGCGAUCUCGCUAUAUUAGCAUCACCUAUUUUUAAAGCCUUUCCUAAACGAGUCUCAACUCCUUCUUUUGUUCAUUCAUACAGAACUAAUUCCCCAAUAAAUAAUCCCCGACUAUUGCGUUCUUCAGUAAAAGACCAAGGAUAUAGUGAAAUAAAAUCAGCGUUUCUUCAAGCACCGAAUAAUUCUGAAAUUAAAAGAAUUCAGUCUGAAGAAGUCAAAAUUGUGUCUUCAGGAAGGGUAUUUGACACAAACAUAACUUAUUGUGCGUUGUAAAUAUUUGAAAAAUUGUCUUAUUGGUCGAAACUAGUCUGCUGCUCAACAGUUAAAUAGUAGACUGAUUGCAGCCAAGCUCUGAUAGCAUCCGAAGGUGCAUUUCUCCACCUUGUGCCACUCAACCGAUCAAGCCAUCUCUCCUGAAUACUGCUCCUCUCCCUAUGGCUUGCGUUAAGUUGGAGAGUUAGUGGGCUGGGUUGCCAUGCCGUAUGUCUGACUUGGGUUGUCUUCCAUAAAAAUUCGAAAAAUGAAUUUUCUAGAACUUGCAGACAGGGUGCAAUUCCCGCUAUCUUGUUAGGAAAUUGAACGAUUGGUCCUAAGGCCUUCCCUUUUUCUUUAAGCAUCCUUCUUCCCCAAAAGUUAAAACCUUGACCUGGAACGAGCUGCGGUCAGUCUAAUCAGCCUUGCGCUCCAAUAAACAAAAUAAAACCUAGCCGAAUGCACAUCACUGAACACCAUCCUCCUUUCAAAAGUUCUGGGGCACCGCAGCUGCAGGUGUUAAGAGGGUGGGUUAGUAGUUCACCAUUUUAAUAUGUGUAGGUAUUUGACACCAAAAAGGACUUCUAGAGAUAUGAGCGAUUCUUUAAUAAGCAGUACUCCAUCACCAAGUGAUAAUUCGAAGAGUAUUGCUUAUUACUCAUUUCGAGUUUUUGGAAAUGACGAAAAUUUUAAAGAAGGGCUUGACAAAAUUCUUCUUAAGGUGAAGCCUUCAAAGCUUUACUUCAAAAGAUAUAGUAACAGAGAAUAA